AUGGAUUGGCAACAAAGACUUCGUAGUAAUGGAUCGGCAACAAACGUGUCAUUUAGCUCCAUCAUUUGGACAUUGGUUCAACAAAGACUUGGACUCACACCGGUGAUCUUCAGCUCUUGGAAUGAGCUCACAGAUUGGACAAGCACGGCGACUCAAUCAUCUACUAUGAAGCUUAGGAGACUUGUGGCCCAGGCUACGCUGUACAAAGUGUAG